AUUCUACGGGAGAACAGACAGGAGUACGCAGCACCAUGCCUACCGAAUUCCCCGCCUUUACUGCCGAGCAGAAGAAGGAGCUCCAUGACAUCGCUCAGCGUAUCGUGGCAACCGGCAAGGGCAUCCUGGCAGCCGAUGAGUCCACAGGUAGCAUCGCCAAGCGCCUGAGCUCCAUCGGCGCGGAGAACACUGAGGAGAACCGCCGCUUCUACCGCCAGCUUCUCUUCACUGCCGACCAGAGAGUGAACCCCUGCAUCGGGGGCGUCAUCCUGUUCCACGAGACUCUUUACCACAAGACAGAUGAUGGCACUCCAUUCACCAAGGUCAUCAAGGACAAGGGCGCCAUCGUAGGCAUCAAGGUCGACAAAGGUGUCGUCCCUCUUGCCGGAACCAAUGGAGAGACCACAACACAGGGUCUCGACGGCCUUUCUGAGCGCUGUGCCCAGUACAAGAAGGACGGCGCCGACUUUGCCAAGUGGCGCUGCGUGUUGAAGAUCUCCGAGCACACCCCCUCUCAGCUCUCCAUCUUUGAGAAUGCCAACGUACUGGCCCGCUAUGCCAGCAUUUGCCAACAGAACGGCAUUGUCCCCAUUGUGGAGCCUGAGGUCCUCCCCGACGGUGAUCACGAUCUGAAGAGAUGCCAGUACGUCACCGAGAAGGUCCUGGCUGCCGUGUACAAAGCCCUCAGCGACCACCACGUCUACCUGGAGGGAACUCUGCUGAAACCCAACAUGGUGACACCUGGCCACGCCUGCACCAAGAAGUACACCCCCGAGGAGGUCGCCAUGGCAACAGUCACCGCCUUGAGGCGUACCGUGCCCCCUGCAGUCUCCGGUAUCACUUUCCUGUCUGGAGGUCAGAGUGAGGAGGAAGCCACAGUUCACCUGAACGCCAUCAACAAGUGCCCCCUGCACAAGCCCUGGCCCCUGACCUUCUCCUAUGGCCGCGCCCUGCAGGCCUCUGCCCUCAAAGCCUGGGGCGGCAAGAAGGAGAACGUCAAGAACGCUCAGGAGGAGUACACCAAGCGCGCACUGGCCAACAGCCUGGCCUGCCAAGGCAAGUACGUGUCCAGCGGACAGGCAGGAGCCGCGGCCGGAGAGUCCCUGUUCGUCUCCAAUCACGCCUACUAAACAUCGUGCCCCUCGGUCUCCGUGUUGGUGUCACCGGAGGCUGCUUAUGUAUAUCGUAGUGUGAUCCCUGCGCUGCAGAGCAAUAAGCCAUUAACUGCUUCUCCCAUCUGCAGAGCGGUACAUGGUUAACCUUCCCCUUGCUGGAGAAAGAGAGAGUGAUGGAGUGUCGCCGCUCUGCUGGCUGCUGUGUGCUAGUGCAGAGGGUGUGAAUGGUGAGUGCAGCGGACCGGCUUGGUUCUCACGUCUCUGUGCUUCGUCCCUGUUCUCGGCUCUGAGUCACGUUGUCUAAUUUAUGUCACUGCUGGUGAAACCUCAAUAAAGCAGGUAGAUGAACCACC